AGCCAAGUCGUCGCAGAAGGUCAUUUGCGCAAAAGAUGAAGGCCCUGUCCAAGUCGCUGCCGCAGCGAAGCGCGAUGAACGUGCGGAAGAGCGACUUGGACCUGGACCUGCUCCGCGCCUUGGCGACGCAGGACAUGCACUUCUCGGACGACGAGAGCGACGGCGUCGACAGCGACGAGGACCUCGAGACCAUCUUGGUGCCACGCCUUGUGUGGCGCGAGCCCACGAAGCGCGUGUCGCCGGCCAAGAAGCGAGCGCCGCAUUCCUUUGCCGCAUCGCCCAACAAGAAGCCUGCGACCGACGACGACCUCGGCUGGACGUUCAUCGAUAAGAGCCCGACCGGCGAUCGAUCCCGGACAGGCGCCAUGGCGACGUUAAGCCAAAGUUGGUCCUUGGCGUCGUAACUAAAUAUAUAUA